AUGGCAUCUAAGCCUCCCAUCCGGACGCCUAUAUCUUGUACCUUUUGUCGCCAGAAAAAGUUGAGAUGUGAUCGUCUCCAGCCUUGUAGCAGCUGUACCAAGCGUGGAUUGGGAUGCGUCUAUGCUCAAACUCCCUCAUCAGCUCCCCGGCGGAAUGGAUCUACUCAGCCUCGGCAGUUGACCCAACGGAUCCGUCAGCUGGAGGACCUAGUGGUAGCUUUGCAAAAGGGCGAAACCCCUCAAAGACUAGAGAACCCGGACCACCUAGCGCAUAAAAGCAAAGAUUCCCCGGCAGCUAGCCCGGAGACGGUGACCAACUCCUUUGGCAGCCUGCGGGUCGAUCACACGGGCAUGACUUAUGUCUCCGGGGCACAUUGGACUGCAUUGCAAGACAGUAUCGCCGAGCUCAAAGAGUGUGUUGAAUUAGGGCCAUCGUUUCCGCCGUCCCGGAGUAAUCACGGGUCCGCCCUUCUCCGGGGCGUGUCUCCGCCCGGCGGGAUAGCGGAGGUCCUGGGCCACCUCCCGCCAAGACCGACCGUCGAUCGUUGUCCUGCAUUCUCCGACAUUCCAGAAAGAAGUAUCGAGCCCAUCCACGUGACACGUGUAGGUAUCAUGUGCCUGGCGAUCCACCAUCACCAGCUUACUGAGGGCCACAGACCAGACCCGAUUGGCGAUACUCAUGGGCUGUGUGAUGAUUUCCGGCAACAAGCUGCCUAUUGCCUUAUCGACAACAAGUACACAACUCUGACGAAGUAUACCAUAGAAGCUCUAAUGUUCUAUGCGCAAACAGAGUACUUCCGGGGAGAGGAGUUUCAUCAUGAGGUCUGGUUAUUAAUGGGAAUCGUCAACCGUCUGGCCAUGCGGGCUGGCCUGCAUCGGGACGGUUCCCGCUACCCAGAGCUCUCGUGCUUUGCAGCCGAAAUGCGACGACGCAUCUGGACGCUCAUGUCCCAGCUGGAUGCACUUAUAUCGUUUCAGCUGGGUCUGCCCCGAAUGAUCUAUGACGGGCUAGCAGAUACACAGCCGCCGCGCAAUCUGCUGGACGAGGAUUUCUCUGAGGACUCAACGAGCUUGCCACCACCCCGUCCCGACACAGCCUUUACCCCGGUGGCUUAUUUGAUCGCGAAGAGUCGACUUUCCAGGGUAUUUGGUCUUGUGAUUGACCAUGCUGCAUCCACCACACCUAUCCCGUCUGCACUCAUAUAUCAACUCGACAAGCAGCUGAACGAGUCCUAUGCCGCUGUUCCGGUUCAAGCGGGAGGAGUACUGGGGCAAUGUCGCUGGUUCGUGACUUCCUUGGCCACAAAUGAUUUUAUGCUGGCGGCAAUGGUGGUAUGCCUGGAGCUCCACUAUCUUGAGCGGGAAGGUGCACAAGGCGGGCAGACUGGAACGCCGGGAAGGGACGAACUGCUUCUUGCCCUCCAGACCUCGCAUCGGAUCUGGGCCCAGUAUAAGGAUGAGUCUGCGGAGGCCUGGCAAGCGUGGCAGUCAACCAGCAUUAUGCUGAGGAAGCUGAACGCCAGCGUAUCCCCAUCAGAUGGUAGUAACGGUGGCGAGAAUACCAGCGGCCACAGCACCACCUCCAUGGAGACCGAGAUAGAGAAAUUCGAUCCCAUGCUUGGGGUGUCCCUCGAUCACCAACUGGAUGGGUCAAUGUCUGUGACAGAGCCCAAGAUGCUAUCGCCGUCCGAGCCGGAAUUCGAUCUAUCGCACCUUCCAAGUGAGCUUGUAAAUCUGUGGGACUUUACUGGAGACAUGAGUUGGCUUGCCAUGUAA